GAUCUCUUCAAUCUAAUUUAAUCAUCUUCAUUCCUCUUAUCUUCCUCAAGGGAUCUGUACUUCAGAUGGAUCCAUGAUCUAACAGACUGCAUGGGCUGAGGUUUGGACUAUAAAGUGAAUAAUUGAUGACAACACAGGCAGAGAAUCGAUUAUGUACCAACAGUUGUUACAUUUAUCAGACAUCAAAUCAACUUGAGCUUGGCAAAAUAAAACUUACAGUUCUUUCUUCAGAAACAGAACCAAUUAGUGAUUGGGAAGAGGAUUGAUUAAAGAUUCGAAACUUGCAAGUUGAUUUGUAUUUGAGAAUCACACCAUCGAUUGCAGAAAUUGUAUCAUUCAACUUUAACAAUACCCUGCUUCCACAAUUCAAUACAACACUUUCGAUAAAUUCAAUCAAUCUUUCAUUUCAUUGAAGCUCAAGUUCAAGAUAAAUAGAUACCUGAUCUUUGACACAAGACUUUACAUUCCAAGCAAGAAGACUAUCACAAGAGGAUAUAAGAUUUUCAAUCGAUUUUCCUUAUCAUUUCAAUUCGAUCGACAAUAUAGCCUAUAGAGGAUGUGUAGAUUAUUAAUUUUCAAAGGUGAACCUAUCAUCUUGGCUCAUUUACUCACUAAACCAUGCCACUCUAUCAUCAAUCAAGCUUUCGAUAGUAGACUCAGAUUAGACGCUCGACCCAUCAACGCUGAUGGUUUCGGUGUCGGAUGGUACGAUACUGCAACUGAGGAUGUAGAUCCUACUCCUUGUGUUUUUCAAGCAAUCACUCCUGCAUGGUCCAAUCGAAAUUUACAUAGAUUAGCAGAAAAGAUUCGAUCUCCACUUGUCUUCGCCCAUGUUCGAGCAAGUACAUCCGGAGCACUAAGUGAAGAGAAUUGUCAUCCCUGGAUUUAUGGAUCUUUACUAUGGAUGCACAAUGGUCAUAUUGCUGGAUUCAAUAAGAUUAAAAGAAAACUUCAAUCUGAACUUUCUGAUGAAUUCUUUAAUUAUCCUCAAGGUUUUACCGAUUCUGAAUGGGCCUUUGCAAUUUUUCUCAAUGAGCUAAGCAAGCAUGCCGAUCCGAAAGCCACCUCAUUUCCAUACUCAACUCUACAAUUAAUUAUGCUAAAUACGAUCAAAAAGAUUAAAGAAGCUAGUCAAUUAGCAGAAGUAGGAGAACCAAGCUUAUUGAAUUUUGCUGUAACAGAUGGUAAAUCAGUGGUAGCUACACGGUAUGUCACUAGUUCUACAGAUGAAGCUGCUAGUCUUUAUUUCUCGACUGGUACUUCUUUUGAAGAAGUUGAAAAUGAUACACUUGGACUUUCUAAACCUGGUCAAUAUCGAAUGAGAAAAUGUGAUAAACGAGAAAAGAUUGUUUUGAUUGCUUCUGAACCAUUAACAUUUGAGAAGACAGACUGGUUAGAAAUCCCAUGUCAAACCUUGAUUGUCAUUACACCCAAGAUGAACGUAUUACAAUUUCCAAUCAUAGAUGAAUACUUUCAACAAACACUUACACCAAAUAGAUCAUCAGAUUACGUUGCAGGUAAAGGAUUACAUUAUGCACAUUCUAGUACUAUCCUGGCUAGUAAUCCAUGUCAUUCAGGUCUUGGUAAGAAUUCUAAACAAAUCCCAAGUAGAGAUCUUCGAACAAAACAAUCCUGUACUUUAACAUCUCCUCCUUGAUGAAGUUUAUUUUGAGAUGGGUUUCUUUUUUUUUCUGGGAAGGGUUCUUUUUGAAUUUCAUUUUUCUUGGAAUCUUUUUUUUUUCUAUCUUGUUUCCUUUUUUUUUCAUCAGAUUGGAAUUGUAUUAGUAAGAAAGUUUUUAGACAUCAGGAAGGGGGGAGAGGGCAGCUUCAUAUUGGUUGAUUGUCUCUUUUUCUUAUAUAAUUUGGUUUACUUUAUCAUAUACAUGUGUUGGUUUUUCAUCAUGUUUCUUGAAAUGAAACUGUAGAAUUACUUUUUUCCC